AUGGAGGCGCUAUUUUCUGCUGCUGUAGGUGAACUUGUUAGCAGAUGCCUAUCUUUUCUGAUCAGCAGAUAUCCGAGCAUGCCAGAGCUGUCCAAGGUGGAGAGCCCGCGGAAACUAGAGCGAGCGCUGCUCCGGAUCGCGAUCACCGUUGAGGAGGCCGAGGGGAGGCUCAUCACAGACCAGGCGAUUCUUCAGCAACUCAAAAUGCUGCGACAGGAGAUGCACAAAGGCUACUACGUGCUUGACAAAUUCAGGUACCUUGAUCAGGAAGAAAGAAAGGUGAGCGGCCGUCGAAGUCGUUCCUUAGCCCUGUCGUCUACCUCCAAUCCAGGCAAGCGUUUUCCUCCAUCUGCUAGUAGAAGACGCGGAAGAAAGGAGCUAGAAGUGACGCUCGAUAGUGUACAGAACAUGGUUACUGACAUGUAUGAGUUUGUAGCUUUUCUGAAGAACUUGCCACCAAUGUUUCGUCAACCGUAUAGCAUGUAUCUGUUAUUUGAGAGAUGCAUGUUUGGUCGCCAGGCAGAAAUGGAACGAACCAUCUACUUCUUGCUGCAGAGGGAACCUCCUGGCGACUUCACUUUGGGUGUCUUGCCAAUCAUUGGGCGAGGAAAAGUCGGCAAGAGCACACUUGUUGAGCAUGUUUGCUACGACGUAAGGGUGCGUCAUCACUUCUGUCAGAUUGUCUUUUUCAGUGGAAAUCGGUUCAUAGAAGAAAAGCUGGGCACCCUGAUGGACGGAGGCAUAAUCAAGCACAAAAGCAACGCUCAGAAUGUUGGAAAAAUGCUGGUUAUUGUCGAGCUAGAUGCGGAUGUUGAAGAGGGAGCAUGGAGAAGGCUGUUAUCCGCCUCUCGGAGUUGCCUUCCCAGUGGCAGUAAAAUUAUAGUCACAAGCAGAUCAGAGAAAAUAAUGAACUUCGGAACGACACAAGCCCUAUGGUUAAACUUUUUGACUCGAGAAGCAUGUUGGUACUUCUUUAAGGUGCUUGUGUUCGGAAGCACAUAUGCUGAAGACCAACCUAAGCAUGCAUCUAUUGCGAUGGAGAUAUUUGAGGAGUAUUAUUGCCAGAAUGAUUUGCUUGGGGACUUUACUGGUUCUUUCGCAAACUCAAAGAACAUUGCUGCCCUUCUAAGAGCUAAUGCUAGCAUACAACACUGGCGCAGGAUUCUUGCAUGUGUCAGAGCAAAUUGGCAGCAAAACCUGCUUCCAUGUAGUGCUGGUAAAAAUGAUGUUAGGGUGGAAAAUGGACACUACUAUAUCAGUAGAAUAUCCAAUAUUUCUCAGUAUGUGGUGGUUGAUAGACACCAUAGAGUAGUAGGGUUUGAUCACGAAGAGACCCCGACAAACUAUAGAUGA